GGGAGUGCGGCUCGAACAGCCGACGAGAGCGGGUGUACGAGCUGUGUGGAGAGUCGAGAGUGGUGUGGGACACGAACCGACUCGGUGUGAGAGUGAGGGAAGUCGCUGUGGGCGGUGGCAGCAGUCUGAGCCGAGGGAGAUACCCUGAGGUGCGGAAACCAUCACACAUCUCCAACACUGAUCUUUGUUUUGGCUAGAAAGAGCUGCGGCCGCCGCCGCGCGGCUGGCCCGACCCGCGGCGCCGCUGCCCGACCAUGAGCGCCACGCCGCCGGGCACGCCCGGUACGCCGGGCACGCCGGCCGAGUCGCCGCGGCCCGAGAGACACCAGGUGCGCGUGGGCUCCGUGGAGCCCGUGUCGCCGUCGCUGGCCCGCCGGCCGGACGGCACGCCGCUGAGGGCCGAGCGCAGCCCGACGCCGAGCACGGGCCGCGUGCCGCGCACCCAGCCGAGCCCCAGCCCCAGCCCCAGCCCGAGUGUGACCGAGUUCGCGGGCGUGCCGCGUUGGGCGCACCGGGCCGAGCCGUGGGCCCCCGGAGCCGGCGCCGGAGCCGGCGACCCCCAGCACAAGAAGUCGUCACAGUUCGACGAGCAUAUUCAUCAGCUGAGAGAUGAAUCGGAGCGUGUACAGAAGAAAACAUUCCUCAACUGGAUCAACUCGCAUCUACGACACCACGACCCGCCUCUGGAGAUUGCCGACCUGAUCGAGGACCUCAAAGACAGCACCAAGCUGCUGGCGCUACUCAGCGUGCUGUCUGGACAGGAACUGCCCGUGGAGCGGGGACGGAGGCUAAGGACGCCGCACUUCCUCAGCAAUGCCAACACCGCGCUGCGAUUCCUGCAGAGUAAAAAGAUCAAACUGGUGAACAUCAACCCCUCGGACAUCGUGGAGGGUCGGCCGGCCGUGGUGCUCGGGCUGGUCUGGACCAUCAUCCUCCACUUCCAGAUUGAGAUGAGCACGCGCGCUCUGGACCACCUGGCCCGCAGCGGCAGCCUGGAGAGCCUGGAGUCGCUGGGCCGGGCCGGCUCCCCGGCGCCUGUGUCGGCGGCGGGCGGCUCGCCCGGACAGCAGCGGGCGGGUCCGCAGCCGCCGCCGCCCGGCGCACGGAAGGCGCUGCUCGUCUGGGCCAGAGACGCCACUAGGGACUACGGCCUGGAGAUCAAGGACUUUGGCCGCUCGUGGCGGGACGGCCGCGCGUUCGUGGCUGUCGUUCACUGUAUCCAGCCGUCAGCCAUCGAGCUAGCCGCCACAGAGAGGAUGCUCACUCACGACCGGCUCGAGGCUGCCUUCAAGGCGGCUGAGACGGAGCUGGGCAUCACGCGUCUGCUGGACCCCGAGGACGUGGACGUGCUACAGCCGGACGAGAAGUCGGUGAUGACCUACGUCGCCCAGUUCCUGAACAAGUACCCCACUCCGAGCUCACUCAGACAGACGGCGACCGGCGCCUCCCCAGCCGGACCCACCCAGCAGGUGGAGGAGAUCACCGUCUGGGUCAUUCGGACCAUCCGAGUCAUACGAAACAUCAAACUGCCCGACAAAGACAGCUUCGAGAAGUUCCAGUCGACGCGCACGGAGGCGACCGAUCGCCGGCGUCGGUUCGACGAGCUACGACCCGAGGCGGGAGACGUACCGGCAGAGACGUGGGAGAGAGCCGAGGAGGACUGGAGCACACUGGAUACACUGCUGCUGGAGUGGCAGACAUACCUGGACUCUCGCCUACCCCCGCCCCUGCUCGGCGUGGCCGAGUGGGUACAGAAGGCCGAGACGACACUGGCAGAGGCCGAGGAUCCGGCGGUGACGGCCCCGGCGCGACGCCUCUCACAGACCGUCACCGUCAUCCUGGAGGAGCACACGACGUUCUUCUCGGCCCUGCCGGCGGUCGAGCGGCGCCUGCGCUCGGCACGUGCCGCUCCCGUGGCCUCUCGCGUGCCGCCGCGGCAGCUACAGCUGCUGGAUAGAAGGCUGCAGACGGCCCGGACUGGAGCCGUCCAGCGCGCCGCCCGGCUCAACUAUGUGGUGCACAGGUACCGGGUCAUCACCCACCUCACUAUCGUCGAGGAGACGGUCCGCGUGUGGGCGGUACGGCUGGCGCGGCGCGUCCCCGACCCCCAGCAGGCGGCGGAGGCAGCUGAGCUGGUGGCCGACGGCGGGCUACUGAGGGACUUUGACCGGCCGCUGCUGGACAUGAGACGGGCUACUGAGACACUGGUCACCGACGGUGGCAUUUCCACGGAGGAGAAGGCGGCAGCCACCCAGUUCGUUGACAAGGUCACGGCCAAGUGGCAGCCGCUGUCGGCAGAGGUCCAGUCGCUGACAUACAUACUGGAGGAGAUGUUGGUGGACGUGAAGAAAAUGACGCCGGCGAUGACCAACCCAGAGGCAGAGGAGCAGCAGGUGGCCCUCCCAGAGGCGGUGCUGGCUCCGGUGACCCGGCCUCAGGACGGAGAGGAGGUCACCCAGUCCACGGACUUGAUGACGGACCUGGACGGCAUCAUCAGUCAGCUGGAGGGUCUGCAGGAGCGUGUCACCGGACUCAAACAGGUGGCAGAGGUCCGGCAGCAGCGCAACAGAGAGGCGCUGGCGAAAUCCACCCAGCCGAGUCCGUCAUCCCCUGAGGCAGCAGACGUGGUUCCUGCACCUGAAGACAACAGCACAGUGGACGCGGGUCGUCCGGCCGCUGUCCUAGAGAGCGCUACGCCUGUCCGAGCUACAGAGACAAAGCCCGUCCAGUUGCCGCCGUCCGAGACUGAGGGACUGUCCGAGCCCGCAGACAGCUGGGCCCGGUUCUCCGCGCUCCAGCAGAGAGUACAGCAGUGGCUGCAGCAGCACGAACCACUGGUCCAGCAGCCGAGAGUGAUCAACUCGCUGGACGAGCUGAAUGACCUCCUUGCCCGGCACCAGGCCGGUGUGAGCCAGUGUGCCGAGAUGACCCGACUCCUCUCAGAGAUGACCGCUCUCCAGCCGAGCCUGUCACCGCGCGCGGCCGGGCCGUCCGCCGAACAGCUACUGCGGGACUGCCAGCGGAGGAAGACAGACACGGAGACGGCGCUCAGAAGACGAGUGCUGGUGCUGCAGGAGACGCUGGAGCUGUGGCAGCGCUGCGAGCUGCUGAUGGUCCUCCCCUCCCCCUCUCAGGUGCUGGUGCUGCAGGAGACGCUGGAGCUGUGGCGGCGCUGUGCUGGUGCUGCAGGAGACGCUGGAGCUGUGGCGGCGCUGCGAGCUGCUGACUCCCCUCCCCCUCCCCCUCUGCAGGUGCUGGUGCUGCAGGAGACGCUGGAGCUGUGGCGGCGCUGUGAGCUGCUGCUCUCCGAUGUCGAGGUGUGGUGUUCGGCCGCGGAGACGGAGCUGGGCUCCCCGGCGGCACUGGCUAGCCCCCUGCGCCUCCAGCUGGCUGCGGUACAGCCGCUGCCGGCAGAGAUCGCGAGCAGGGAGACAGAGGUCGCCAGGGAGGCCGAGCGACUCAUGCUGCUGUUAGGCUCUGAGCAGCUGUCGGGCGCGCUGACGCUCACCUCACGGCGCGCUGAGCUGCAGCAGCUGCUGAGCCAGCUGCACGUGGCGGCCGAGGAGCGCUGCAGCCGGCUGACGGAGAGCCUCGCCCAGCUGGACCGACACAGACAGGAAGUGGAGCGUCUUCGAGCUCAGCUGGAGGAGGUCUCGCCUCCCGUCAGAAUGGUUCAGACGGAGGUGCUACCAAUCACCGUCGAAGCCAGAAAAUCAGCUGAAACUGCUGAUGGAUCUUUGGAGCAGACCGAACCUGCACGAACAGGGACUGAACCUGAUGGAGCCAAACCUGCGAAGACAGUACAGCCCGAGCCGGAGAAGGCACAGACGGUUGCUGCUGACAAAGCUCCCGACACAGCGGCUCCCUCCCCCGGCGCCGAGAUUACAGUGCCGGUGGAGACGACCACUACUGUAGUGCCACUGAAAACCACCCCGAAGGCGGUCCAGCUGAAAAAGUUCAAACGGCUGGGCACGACAAUCGUGAAGAAGCUCAAAAAGCGUCUGAGGUCGGCUCCGGCUGAGGUGAAACCCACGGAGUCUAUCACUGCGGAGGUGGACGCGGCUUCUAAAGCGUCCCAGCCCGCCGACACAGCCCAGAACACUGAGACAUCGCCUGCACAGCCGACUGGUGUGCCCGAGCCGUCAGCAGGCGGGAAGGCGAGCCGGGUCUCCGAGACACCCGUGAGGCCGUCGCGGACACGGGACACGGCCACAGACCAGUCGCGGACUCUGGAUGCGACCACGGAUCAGUCGACACUGCCGGCCUCGUCUGAGGCGGCCGGCAGAGGAGGCGAGCAGCGGUCGCCCACCGACGUCCCCGACCCCGAGGUCAGUCAGAGGACGGGAUAG